UAUGAAAGUGUUCAUAAAGAAACCUUAGUAUCAAACGCGUUUUCCGUCAGAAACUAUUCUUCACUGAAUUCCCAGAUUUCACAACAUUCGGUAACUCGGUAUCUGCUUUGGAUUUUCGAAAAAAAUGUCUUCAAUGUGUAUUACUGAUUUGCCGUUGAAUAUUUUGGAUUCAAUAUUUGAAAAAUUACCAAUAAAGGACAAAAUCAAUUUGGCCAACUCCAACGAAGAAUUAUUAAAUGUAUUCUUCUACCAUGGAAAGCAAUUAUACUCACGCGUAUCUGAUAAAAAUUCCGAAGUGGGCUUAUAUCUAACCAGUAUCUUGCCGAUGUUGGGCCCUAUUAUAAAUGAAAUAACGUUCUAUGAGCCAACACUUGAAUUACUAACUCUUUUGGCUCAAAAUUGUCCCAAUCUAAAUUCUAUUCAAAUUAGCUUGGAAAACAAUUUAAGUGUUAUGUGGUUCAAUAACAUUUUAAAGGAAUUACAAAAUCUUCAAUCAAUACAUAUUUUUUUGGAUAGCGAUCCGUUUGAUAUGCUGGAAAAUCUAAAAGCUCUUAAAAAUUUAAAAAUAUUAAAACUUCGUUAUGGAAGAAAUAUACGAAGCUCUAAAUUACAUCAAUUGGAGAAUUUGGAAGAACUAACUAUUGAUCCAUACAAUCGUAUGAACAUAGAAACAAACGAACUGUCCAAGAAGCUGAAAUAUUUGAAGUGCAAAAACCUAAAUAUUUUUACUAUAAUUCUUACCAACCAAGCGGUAUUUAAAUUUUUGGAGUGCAUAGAAAUAGAUUUUUGUGACAUGCGGCCAGGAUUUCCGGAUUGUCCAAACCUACAAUUUCUACGUUUGUAUAAAACAUACAUUACCGAAGAUGGCAUUUUACAAUGGAUCAAGGAUCAAAUGAACACAUGGAAAUCUUACUUUACAAGUGAAAAUUUAUUGCGCCAAGAAUCUGUACAUAAAAUACUUCCUAUUCCUGGAUCGGUUGCGGAGCCAUUCCAUGUCGAGGAGAUCUUUUUCCCAUUUCCUAAUUGCCCGCAUUUAAAAUCAUUAUGUCUGGACUAUUAUACACUUGCAGAGCAUUACGAUUGGGUUGCACAGAACGCGAAAUCGGUGGAAGAUCUGAGCAUUUACUUUGGAAAACGUGAAGUGUUCGAUUUGGAAUUGCCCCUUUUUGAAAAUGUGCGUGAAAUAACCAUUACCUCGGGUCCCUUAACUGUGGUAUCGGACAGCGUUUACGACUGGAUAUCAAUGCACGCCUCGACUUUGAAGGCCCUACGACUAUUCGGGUUGGAAGAGGAUCAUUUUUCACUUCAUAUGCUCAGGCAUUGCAAAAAACUUCGAUCAUUAACCCUGGGCAAUGGGAUUCAGACGUAUGUUCGCGAAUUUUGGAUGGCCUUUUUCGAUAUUCUGCAGGAAAAUGGUAUGAGCUCUAAAGAUCCAUUGACAUUGAUCAUUAGAAAUUGCGAAGAUGUGGAUAAAAUGCGUCAGCUAUCUAAAAUAAGAAAUGCCGAUUGUUGCGAACUUAUCUUCGUUUGAAACUUUUGAUAAUAACUUGAAUAUUCUUAUCAUGUGGUUCUUGUC